AUGCCGCUUAGCAAGGCGACCGUGGGCCUGGCUCUCUGCGCCGUGGGCGCUGGGGCGGUGCUCGGGCACGGCCUGCUGCCGCUCCUGAGGCAGGGCGCCCUUCCAGCCCCUGGCACGGCCUUUGCCCUGGUGCGCUACGAGGGCUGGGUGCACAACCUGCUGGCCGUUCAGCUGUUUUGCUGCGCGGUGGUCGCAGGCAUCGUGAGGCUGGGAAGCCGCAAGAGCAUCGGGCCCAGUGCCCAGCUGGCCCUCUUCCACGACGGCCACGCCCUGGUGGGCGCGGCGCUGGCCGUUGGCCUGCACGGCGGCGCCGCCGCCUGGCCGCUGGCCUUCAUGUGCGUCGGCCGCGCGCUGGUGGGCGCCGCCCAGGCUCUGCGCCUGCGAGUGGGUGUGGCGUCCGCUCUGGUAUGGGCCUACGCCGCCAUUGCCGUGCUGGUCACCAACGCAUCGGAGGGUGCGGGUGCCGGGUACUGGUGCGAGCGCCUGCUGGGCCCCAGCAGCGCGCUGGCGCCGGCGGCGGCCGCCCUGGACGCCGUGCGCGGCGUGGCCCCCGCCCACUUCACCGCCGGCCUCGCCUUCCGCUACACCGCCAUGCGCUUUGUCAGCUGGGCGCUGGACACGCUGAGCGGGAGGGUGGUGGAGGCCACGCGCUCCGGCGCCGUGGAGCGCGCCUGUGCCGCCUGCACCGCCGCCGCCGCCCCAGAGUCGCCACGCAUUGCUGCGGUGGUGCCAGACAGCCCUGUGAGCAGCCCCGCCAAGGUUCACGCCACCAGCAGGGUGGGCCUGGCCAGCGCCACCUGGCCCGCUUUCUUCUCCUACAUGCUGCACGUGCCCACCUACCUGGCGGGGCCCCUCCUCACAGCCGCAGACUACUACCAGCAGGCGGCCGCCGCGUCGGCAGGCCUCAAGACCGCUGCCCCCUCCCUGGCAGGCGCCGCCUGGUGGCGCGCCGCCGCUCGCAUGGCCGGGUGUGUGGCGUUUGCGGAGCUGCUGCGCCGCACUUUCUUCGCCGACGCCGCUGUGCAGGCGCUGCUGGCGCAGCAGCCCUGGCAGUCCUGGGCGCUGGGCUACUGCGUGCUGACUGCCCUGUACGCCCAGAGCUAUGUGCCCUGGACCUUUGCCCGCCUGUGCUCGGGCGCGCUGGGCAUCGCCACGGCGGACGAGGUGCCGCUGGGCUUCCUGGCCUCCAGCACCUCCCCUCGCACCUUCUGGCGAAGCUUCCACGUCAGCUGGUACCGCUGGCUGUGCGCCUACGUGUACGUACCGCUGGGAGGCUCCACCGCCGCCCUGGCCGCCACCCUGGCUGUCUCCACGCUCCUGCACGGCACUCACAGGCGAGCGAGGCGCUGGGCCUGGCUGACCUGGGGAGCCAUCCAGUGCGGCGCCCUGCUGGCGGAGCGCUGGAUGGAGCGCCGCGGCACGGGCCCGCUGUCCCGCCUGCACCCCCACCUGCGCGCCGCGCUGGCCCAGUGCGCCACCCAGACCACGCUGCUGGUGCAGCUGCCGCUGGGCCCCUCCUUGCCCAAGUUCCUGGCCUGCUUCCACGCCGUCAACCUUCCCUUCUGUGUGCUGAACGCCGCCCGCCUGGCGGCGGCGGCCAAGGGCGGCGGCCGCGCCGGCGGCGGCGGCAAGGACGCCCUGUUCCAGCGCCGCAAGCCCGCCAAGCUGGCCUGGGAGUGA